UCAAGUAGUAUUUGAAUAAGGAAGAUGGCGGCUGCGGCAGUGGUUGAAUUUCAGAGAGCCCAGUCUCUCAUUAGCACGGAUCGCAACGCCUCUAUCGACAUUCUUCAUUCUAUAGUGAGAAGAGAUGUUCAGGAGGACGAUGAAGAAGCUGUCAGGGUUAAAGAACAAAGCAUCCUGGAGCUGGGGACACUCUUGGCAAAGACUGGACAAGCUGCAGAACUUGGGGGCCUGCUGAAAUUUGUGAGGCCUUUCCUGAUUUCCAUCAGCAAGGCCAAAGCAGCUCGGCUUGUCCGCUCCCUGCUGGACCUCUUCCUAGAUAUGGAGGCAGCCACGGGGCAGGAGGUUGAGCUGUGUCUUGAGUGCAUCGAGUGGGCAAAGGCAGAGAAGAGGACCUUCCUACGACAGGCUCUGGAGGCUCGACUGAUCUCACUCUAUUUUGAUACCAAAAGAUACCAGGAGGCCUUGGCUCUGGGCUCCCAGCUGCUCCAGGAGCUGAAAAAGAUGGAUGACAAAGCUCUUCUGGUGGAGGUUCAGCUGCUUGAAAGUAAAACAUACCACGCUCUCAGUAACCUGCCCAAGGCUCGCGCUGCUCUCACCUCGGCCAGAACCACCGCCAACGCCAUUUACUGUCCUCCGAAGCUCCAGGCGGCACUGGACAUGCAGUCAGGGAUCAUCCAUGCAGCAGAGGAGAAAGACUGGAAGACAGCCUACUCCUACUUCUUUGAGGCCUUCGAGGGUUACGACUCCAUCGACAGUCCCAGAGCCAUCACAGCACUCAAAUACAUGCUUCUGUGCAAAAUUGUGCUCAACUUACCAGAGGAGGUACAAGCCCUGAUCAGCGGUAAACUGGCCCUGCGAUAUGCCGGACGACAGACAGAUGCACUGAAAUGCAUUGCCCAGGCCAGCAAGAACAGAUCGUUAGCAGACUUUGAAAAGGCUCUCACAGAGUAUAAAGCCGAACUGCGGGACGAUCCGAUCAUUAACACCCACCUGGCCAAGCUCUAUGACAACCUGCUGGAACAAAACCUCAUCCGAGUCAUCGAACCGUUUUCCAGAGUACAGAUAGAACACAUAUCAAGUCUAAUCAAACUAUCAAAGGGUGAUGUUGAGAGGAAAUUAUCACAGAUGAUUCUGGACAAGAAGUUUCAUGGAAUCCUCGACCAAGGUGAAGGUGUCUUGAUCAUUUUUGAAGAGCCGCCAGUGGACAAAACAUACGAAGCAGCUUUGGAAACAAUUCAAAACAUGAGCAAAGUCGUGGACUCGCUUUACAACAAAGCCAAGAAGCUGACAUAGAGCAGAUUACCACGGCAGUGAGAUGGAGGAACUGCGUGUGUUUUUUUUGAACAGCGUAUGUCAAAUUUUAAAAGAAGGGGACAAGGGAGAGCAACGUAAAGUCCCACAAACUGCAACAAACAGAAUUUCCUCCAUCAAACAUCCCCUCCUCCUCCUCUUCCUCCCAAAAUGGACAAUUUCAUAACUUUUCCUUUAUUUUUCUUUUCAUUUUGAUAUCUCUUCAGGAUUCUGUAUAACACUCAGCGGCCAAAUCAGGCCAUCAGGGAAUAUUGUUCAACCACAAUGAAAAGAAUAAAAAGGUUUAAGAAAAAAUAUGUUUUUAUCUGCUGUAAGGUUGGGCCUGCCAAGCCUUAAGCUGACUCCACUGCAACCUCACAGGUGCAACAUCGACCUCUAUGGCCUCUGCUCUGCUCCCGGCUGCAGCGAGGCUUUCUCUUUCCUCUUGUCCAUAUCGUUCAGAAGCACACCGUUUAGUUUUUGGAAGGUUGGGAUUUUCUUUGGGAAACUGAACUUUGGUCCAAGAGCUCCCUCCAGCUCUUGUUUUUUUUUUUUUUUUGUUUGUUUUUUGGCCAUAUCAAAGGCAACAGCUAAGUCCCCUUCUAUUUCAGAUGCAUAUUAAAUUCUUUAUUUGUUUCUGUCUUUAGUGUUUUGGUUGAAAAAAAAAAAAAAAAAAAAGGAAAAUCAGAUGGUUGCCACAUGUUCACCCCUCCUGCUGAUGUAAGUAUCGAACAGACAGGAUGCCAUUUCACCACUAGUGCCACUUUUUCGGCACUUCAGUUUGCCUCAGUGUUGGGUGCAAUAUGAAAACACAGGGUAGGGGUGGGAGAUGUUUUCAUUGCCUCUAAACAUCUGUAAGUUUUCCCUGAAUGAACACUUCUCCAUUGUUAGUUCCUAGCACUAGUGUGGUAUGCUAGUAACCAAACAAUUUGUAUGCGUUUGAUUUGGUUUUGAUUUUUCUUUCUUUUUUUUUUUGGUUUUGUUUUUCUCUUACAAAGACAUUUUCAAAAAAUAAAUAUUUUGUAUUUUACUGAUUUUGUCUUGUGUCUUGCUAACAAAAUCUUUGCUGACAGAACUGUUCAUGAUGCAAAAGAAUCUUUGAAAUGCAUUUAAUGACAUUAGUAUGCAGUCUGAAAACUUUAUUUUUUCUCAAAUGUCCCCCAAAAAUGCCACUCUAAGGUUUAUACAACCUCUUUUGUUGGUCUAAUUUUAAAUGAACUAACCAAAGGGCAUUAAAUUGGUUUAAGUAA